AAUCCAUUGCAAAACUUUUGUCUAUGAUAUAUUUUCCAAUGUGGGAUUGUUAUUAUUUUUAUUGCGUGUAAAAUCAUAAUUUUGAUUUGUUUUACUUACUUUUGCAACGGAGAAUUACGUUCAAUAUGAAGUAAAAACACAAAAGAACUAAACAGACUUCAAAAUGUCUAAUCAAGUAGCCCAGUUUGUAGCUGGUCUCAAGUCCAGAAAUGUGGACCUGCAGAUCAAGACUGCCCGAGAACUUUAUCACUUCGCGAAGACAGAGCUUCGGGAAGUGCCGCAGGAGGAACUCACGCAGUUCCUCGAUGAGUUCAACCAUCAGAUAUUUGAAAUGGUUUCUAGCAAUGACGUGCAUGAGAAGAAAGGCGGUGUACUCGCUAUAGUUUGUCUGAUCGGCGGCGACUGUGACACCACAAAAACAAGAAUAACAAGAUUUGCCAACUACUUGCGAAACUUGCUCCCGUCGUCCGACGCUGGCGUGAUGGAGCUGGCGGCCAAGACCGUGGGCCGCCUCGCCACCGUGUCCGGCGUCAAACGAGCCGAAUACGUCGACUUCGAAGUUAAAAGAGCCUUUGAAUGGUUGGCUGAAGAGAGAAACGAAGGGAGAAGACAUUCAGCUGUGCUGUUACUGAAAGAACUUGCCAUAGCCAUGCCUACAUACUUCUACCAGCAGGUGUCUGGUUUCUUUGACCACAUCCUUGUUGCUCUGAAAGAUCCCAAGGCUCAGAUACGAGAGGCUGCAGCUAAAGCAUUGAGAGCCGCCCUAGUAGUGACCUCUCAGAGAGAGUCGGCCAAACAGUCAUCAGCCAGGCCCCAAUGGUACCGCCAGUGCUAUGAGGAGGCUAUGGUGUCCUUUGAAGAUGUGCCCAUUAAACCAAAGGGAACCACAGUGGAAGACAAGAUACAUGGAGGCUUACUCAUACUGAAUGAACUCUUGAGAUGCUCCAAUGCAGUCUGGGAGACAAGAUACUCCACUCUGAUGCACAGCCUGGACACACAGUGUGACAGUGGUGUGUCUGAUGAUAUCAUAUUUAUUAGUUCAAAAACGCACAGUCCAUCUGUGAAGAGAGGCUACCUGUGUGAUGGUUUCAAGACUGAAAAUGUAAUUUACCCAGUUCCUAUCUAUGAGUCCAGUGUGUGCCGGCAGCUCAUCACUGAGAAAUAUGAAAGAAUAUGUCAAGAUGUGAUGGCCCAGCAAGUAGCUAAAACCCAAGGUGUACCACAAGUCCUCCUCAUAAUACUUCCAAGAUUGGCAGCUUUCAACAAGCCACUGUUUGUGAAGAGAUACCUCGGCAUCACCAUGCGCCACCUGUUCUCCUCCAUCCGCAGCCGAGAGAAGGACAAGAACAUGGCGUUCACCACCCUUGGCCUCAUGGCCGCUGCACUGGAAAUGGACAUAAAGAACUACAUUCCCAAAAUCAUGGAUGGCAUCAAAUAUGCACUGCCUGUUCGAGACACACAAACUAAGAAGAGGGUCUGGGUUGACCCCUCCAUAUUUGCCUGCAUCACAUUGCUCGGAAGUGCUGUCAAAGAUUUGGUGGUGAAUGAUAUUAGAGACCUCCUAGAACCCAUGUUUGCUACUGGACUCAGUCCUUCCCUCACUGUGUGCCUGAAAGAAUUGAGUAAACAUGUUCCUAGUCUGAGAGCAGAAAUAUCUGAAGGACUGCUGAAUAUGCUGUCUAUGGUGUUGAGAAACAAACCUUUUCUGCACCCGGGCAUGCCGAGGAACCUGGAGCAGCAGAUGAGCAGCAUGUCCCUGGUCAUUGAGCAGCAUGACACGGCCAGUAUUGUGCUGGCUCUCCGGACAUUAGGAUCAUUCACAUUUGAGGGGCAACAGAGCCUGCUCACAUUUGUGAGGCGGUGUGCUGAUCACUUCCUCCAGAGUGACCAACAGGAAGUGAGGCUAGAAGCAGUCAAGACUUCGGUAAAGCUCUUAGCAGCUGCAGCCAUCAGAACACAGAUAACCUCUUCUAAAACCCUCAAAAUGCUCACAGCAGAAGUAGUUGGAAAGCUGCUGGUCGUGGCGGUCACUGACCCUGACUAUGAAGUGCGGUACUGGGUACUGCAGUCUCUAGACUCCACAUUCAACUCUCAUUUAGCACAAAUUGAGAAUUUAAGCUUCCUUUUUAUAGCCAUGAAUGAUGAGCAUAUUGAGAUCAGAGAGCUGGCGACAUGCACUAUUGGUCGCCUGAGCACCGUGAACCCAGCCUAUGUGAUGCCGGGUCUCAGGAAAACCUUAAUACAGUUCCUGACUGAGUUAGAACACUCUGGCAUGAGUAGAAACAAAGAACAAGCAGCUAAAAUGUUAGACAAUCUGAUCUUGCAUGCACCUAGACUUGUGAGGCCAUACAUGGAAACAAUCCUGAAUGUUUUAGUGCCCAAGUUGAAGGAGUGUGACUCUAACCCUGGGGUUGUGAUCAGUGUGCUGAAAGCUGUCGGUGAUCUUGCAGAUGUCAAUGGAGAUAACAGCGGCCUCAAGAAAUGGCUCUCUGAGAUACUAGCAAUACUACUAGAACUGCUCUCUGAUGCUAGCGCCACAGAUAAGAGAAGCAUUGCACUGUGGGUAUUUGGGCAACUCAUAAGCGCUACCGGCUACGUCGUAACCCCAUACACGGAAUACCCUAACUUGAUGGAUGUUCUACUAAAUUUUCUCAAAACCGAACAGCAACCUAAAGACAGAAGAGAAACUAUAAGAGUUCUUGGGCUUCUAGGAGCACUGGAUCCUUACAAGCACAAGAUAACAAGAGGUCUAAUCGACUGCCAGCCAGACUCCAACCUGGUUCCCGUGGCAGACAGUAAAGCCGAGGAGAAUAACUUUGAGAUGACGACUAGUGAGAUGUUGGUGAACAUGUCGUGCCCGGUGCUGGACGAGUAUUACCCGGCUAUAGUGGUGUCGACGCUGAUGCGCAUCCUGCGCGACCCCACGCUGCAGCAGCACCACACCAGCGUGGUGCAGGCCGUCACCUUCAUCUUCCAGUCGCUCGGCAUCAAGUGCGUGCCCUACAUCUCCCGAGUCACCCCCAGCCUACUCUACGUGGCGCGGUCCACCGACAACAACAACUUCCGAGAGUUCCUCUUCACGCAGCUCGCUAAACUCAUCGCGAUCGUCAAACAGCAUAUUAGGAACUAUUUGGACAAGAUCUUCGACUUGAUCAAGGAGUUUUGGACGCCCAACAGUCCUUUGCAAACCACAUUGAUCUUGCUAGUAGAGCACAUAGCGGUCGCUCUUGGAUCAGAGUUCAAAGUGUACCUACCGCAACUAAUGCCGCAGAUACUGCGAGUGCUCGCUCACGACACCAGCAAGGACCGGAUGGUGACGGAGAAGCUGCUCAUAGCUCUGCAGAAGUUCGAGGAUAAUCUCGACGACUACAUGCAUCUAGUGCUGCCCUCGAUCGUGAAGCUAUUCGACGCGUCGGACUGCCCCGUGAACGUCGCUAAAGUGGCGAUGGAGACUGUGGAUACUCUGUCAGAUUCUUUGAACUACAGUGAGUUGGUGUCGAGGAUAAUUCACCCGCUGGUGAGGAGCCUGGAGUCUUGCCCCACUCUGCGGCCCACCGCGAUGGAUACUCUGUGCGCUCUCGUGUGUCAGUUAGGAGCGAAAUACAAGGAUUUCAUUCCCCUAGUGCAGAAAGUGAUAGUGCGACACCGGAUCCAGCAUCAGAACUACGAGAUGCUGAUAUCGAAGCUCCAGUCGGGGUCCACGUUGGCUGUCGAUGACUUCUUCCAAAACUUUAGACGGCCGAGGCAGAUCAAUCAUGAGGCGCGUAUGAUAGCCAACGACGGCACAAGCGCAUCCAUCCGGCGUCUGUACGUGAGCGCGCAGAACCUCAAGCUGGCGUGGACCGUCAGCAGCCGCGUCUCCAAGGACGACUGGCUCGAGUGGCUGAGGAGGUUCAGUAUUGGACUGCUGACUGAGUCGCAUAGUCCGGCGCUCAGGGCGUGUCUAUCCCUGGCGCACAACUACUCGCAGCUGCUGCGGGACCUGUUCAACGCGGCCUUCGUGUCGUGCUGGACCGAGCUGGACCAGACCGCGCGGCAGGAGCUCGCCAACGCACUGGAGCAAGCGCUCACUGCCCCCGACGCCCCCGAGCUGGCGCACACGGUGCUGAACCUGGCGGAGUUCAUGGAGCACUGCGAGUGCGGCGCGCUGCCCAUCGCGCCGCCGCUGCUGGGCGAGCGAGCCAUGCUCAGCCGCGCCUACGCCAAGGCGCUGCAUUACAAGGAAGAGGAGUUCCGCAACGGCGCCACGUCCCAAGUCGUAGAGGCGCUGAUCCACAUCAACAACAAGCUGCAGCAGAAGGAGGCGGCCGAGGGGCUGCUCGAGCGAGUCAUGUCGCAGCGGGAGGCUGGGGAUACCUCGCUACAGGUGCAAGUGCGAUGGUACGAGAAGCUGCACAACUGGGAGAAGGCGCUCAACCUCUACGGAGACCAGCUACAGACAGACCCGAGCGACGUGGACGCCAACCUCGGCCAGAUGCGCUGUCUGGAGGCGCUGGGCGAGUGGGGCCGACUGUACGACACGGUUUCCGAACGCUGGCCGGCCAUGAACAACGAAGAACAGUACAAAUCAGCUAGAUUAGCCGCGGCUUCAGCGUGGGGGCUCAAGGAAUGGGAGUCCAUGGCACAGUAUGUAACCUGCCUUCCCGAGAACACACAAGAUGGAGCUUUUUACCGAGCGGUACUCGCCAUUCAUGAUGGCGACUGGGACCUGUCUCGGCUGUUCGUGGAUCAAGCGAGGACUAUAUUAGAUUCUGAACUGACAGCUGUAGCGGGCGAGAGCUACCAGCGAGCGUACGGAGCGUUAGUUAACGCGCAAUUACUGGCAGAGUUGGAGGAAGUUGUGACUUAUAAGCUAGUGCCAGAGAGGCGAGAAUCCAUCCGCCAGGCGUGGUGGCUGCGACUGCAAGGCGGACAGAGACUGGUUGAGGAUUGGCGGAAGAUUCUACAAGUUAGAAGUCUAGUGUUGACACCUCAAGAAGACAUGGCCACAUGGCUGAAAUUCGCGUCUCUAUGCCGUAAAAGCGGCGCCCCAGGGCAGGCACACAGGACGCUAGUCAUGCUACUCGGCUCAGACCCUAGCAAGAACAGAGACUCGCCACUUCCGAUGCACGAACCACGGCUAACUCUUGCAUACGCGAAACACUUAUGGGUGGCCGGAGACAAAGACUUGGCUUACGAGCAACUACAGCGCUACGUGACGUCAGCGGAGCGCGGCGACCCUGAGAACUGCCGUCUACUCGCUCGCUGCCAUUUAAAACUCGGCUCGUGGUGCGAGUCACUGCGCGGCAUCAACGACCACUCCAUCCCGGAAAUCCUGCGCAACUACAAAUCGGCCACAAUGCUGGCCGCUGAUUGGUACAAAGCGUGGCACGCGUGGGCCUACAUGAACUUCGAGACGGUUCUAUUCUACAAGCACCAGGACGCGAGCGGGGAGGGCGGCACCGGCGACCGCCGCGCGACCCCUGACUAUAUACUACAACAUACCGUCCCUGCUGUAGAGGGAUUCUUCACAUCCAUUAACCUGUCCCACGGCAGUUCGCUACAAGACACUCUGCGGCUGCUGACUCUAUGGUUCGACUACGGCCACCACCCCGCCGUGCACGAAGCGAUUACCGAAGCGAUUAGGACUAUUGAAAUAAACGUCUGGCUUCAAGUCAUUCCUCAGUUGAUCGCUCGCAUAGACACUCCGAGAGCUUUAGUCGGGAAGUUGAUACAUUCGCUUCUGAUGGAUAUUGGUAAAUCGCACCCUCAAGCGCUGGUGUACCCGUUGACGGUAGCCUCUAAGUCUUCGUUUGUGGCUCGCAAGAACGCUGCCAAUCAGAUCCUGAAGUCCAUGUGUACUCACUCGAGCAGCCUCGUGAACCAGGCGGCCAUGAUCUCGGAGGAGCUGAUCCGCGUCGCGAUCCUGUGGCACGAGCAGUGGCACGACGCACUCGAGGAAGCUUCCAGGCUGUACUUCAGCGAGCACGACGUGAAGGCCAUGUUCAAGACACUCGAACCGUUACACGCGAUGCUGGAGCGCGGCCCGCAGACGCUCAAGGAGGUGUCCUUCAACCAGGCGUACGGCAGGGACCUGAAUGAGGCGCAGGACUGGUGCAAUAGAUUCAAGGAGACGAACAGCGUCCGCGAUCUCAACCAGGCGUGGGACCUGUACUACCACGUGUUCAGGCGCAUCUCCCGCCAGCUGCCGCAGCUCACCUCGCUCGAGCUGCAGUACGUCAGCCCCCGGCUGCUCAACUGCAGGGACCUGGAGCUGGCGGUGCCGGGCUCGUACGUGCCGGACCAAGAGGUCAUCAGGAUCGCGCACAUACAGAGCAGCCUGCAGGUGAUAACCUCAAAGCAGCGCCCGCGCCGGCUAACAGUCCGCGGCUCCAACGGCAAAGAAUACAUGUUCCUACUGAAGGGACACGAGGACUUGCGACAAGACGAGCGAGUCAUGCAACUGUUCGGCCUAGUCAACACACUCUUACAAGCAGACCCAGACACCUUCAGGCGAGACCUGGCCAUACAAAGAUACGCGGUGAUUCCCCUCUCGACUAACUCCGGUCUGAUUGGCUGGGUGCCGCACUGUGACACUCUGCACUCGCUGAUCAAAGACUACAGGGAUAAGAGGAAGUGUCUGCUGAAUAUUGAGCACAGGAUCAUGCAGAGGAUGGCAUCGGAUCUGGAGAAGCUUAUGUUGAUGCAAAAGGUAGAAGUGUUCGAGCACGCGCUCGGGCACACGGCGGGCGACGACCUGGCCAAACUGCUGUGGCUGAAGAGCCCCUCCUCCGAGGUGUGGUUCGAGCGCCGCACCAACUACACCCGGUCACUGGCUGUCAUGAGCAUGGUGGGGUACAUACUGGGGCUGGGCGACCGGCACCCGUCCAACAUAAUGCUGGACCGCGUGACGGGCAAGUUCCUGCACAUCGACUUCGGCGACUGCUUCGAGGUGGCCGUCACGCGCGACAAGUUCCCCGAGAAGAUCCCCUUCCGGCUCACGCGCAUGCUCAUCAAUGCUAUGGAGGUGACCGGCAUCGAGGGCACGUACCGCCGCACCUGCGAGUCCGUCAUGGAGGUGCUGCACCGACACAAGGACAGCGUCAUGGCCGUGCUAGAGGCAUUUGUAUACGAUCCACUGCUGAACUGGAGACUCAUCGACGCCGGCCGACGCUCCCGAGACACGGCCCUGGUCUCGCCCACCGAACCCUCCACCUCGCCUCUACCCAGCCGGGGACGACCUUACAUCACUGUGAACGACGCUUUAGAUGCCCCCGCCGAAAGCAACCUCAACAAAAAAGCUUUAGCUAUAGUCAAUAGGGUCAGAGAUAAGCUAACGGGAAGAGACUUCCCGCACAUAGAUGAGAUAGUGACGGUGCAGAAACAAGUGGAGCUGUUGAUACAGCAGGCGACCAGCAACGAGAAUUUGUGCCAGUGCUAUGUGGGCUGGUGCCCCUUCUGGUAGAUGUGGCCUUAUGUAGCUAGUCGAUGGUGAAUGUAGAGUUGUGGCGGUAUUUUACAUAGGCGUUCAGUGUUAAAAAGUUAUUAUCUGCCAGACACAAACGAUUUCUAUGAAGGUUUUGCUAUAGAUAAAUAAGAACAUAAAAACUUACUUCCAAAUUGUUCACUGUCCAAAUGGAUGAUUGCAGGCUGAUGAUGAAGUCUAUGUGUGUCACUGGUCCAGAUAUAAUGGUGAAAGUUAAACAGCUACAGUAAACUAAUCCGUUUUGUCAUCAAAGUCAUCCUUAUGAUUUAUCGAUGUUCAGUCAGAUAACUCAGAGUUAUUAUGUCAUUACGUCCGCCUGGACGCAUUUUGAUACUCCUAGACAAUCUUCAGCAUGACCUUACGACUGGACAGAAUCAAGACACAGAUUCAAAUCUUAUUACAAAAUAUUGAUAAACAUUUCAAGCUGAUCGCUAUCUUAGAGUGCAUGGCGACACGUGUCGGGCAUGUCAUUAGCGUAUCAACACUCAGCUAUUGACACUAACACGAGUCGCUGACUACACAUUUCUGUAGAACCCUAGUGAUGUACCGCCAAUAGGUGUAAGUAGUUGACAACUAAAUAAUCUUGUAUACAUUGUAUAUAAAAACCUCAAUACACGUAGAUAACGGCGAUGCUGUGUAUUUAAGUAGCUUUUUAUCUUAGUCCAGAAAAUAUUGGUUGUAUUCCUGUUACGCAGCUAGGCUUCUGAUAACUUCUAUUUUGUGAUAUGUAUAAGUUAUGUAACAUAAUAGUGGCUUUAUCCUUAGUAAUACGUAUGUACUGGUAACGAUGUAAAAAUAUCUAGUGCCAUUUGCGAACAUAUUAAAAUGAUCCAAAGAUUCUCUUGUGUAAAUCACUUUUGCUUUUAGUUAUGUUAAUGUAAGUCAAGGAAGACGAAAGUAACAGAUAGUACCUAAACGUUAUUAUAACUGUUUACUUUUUCUACGCUUCGUAUGACAAAUGUCGUAAUAUUGUUACUUUAUCUAACACGAGCAUAAAAGAGUUACAACUUUCGUUGUAUCUAUAAAUAUUGACAAACACUAUGGCUAAUGAUAUGUUUUUAGUUGUACGCUUAUCAUAAAAUGAAUAUAAGACGGUAAAGAUAA